AUUGGCAAGGAUCCGAGCGAAGAAGGUUGCAGCUCGUCAUUCUGUGCGGGUGCACCUCACAGCCUUGGAUCAAGGAUGCUCCCUGUGCCAGGAUACCAUCUUUUCUUCUUCCUCCUGGUAUGUCAGGCUGUACCAAGCAGGACACAACGUCCACACAUUGAGCUGCGGCUGGUGGGGCCCAGGAGCCAACAGGGUGAAGGACGGCUGGAAGUGUUGUACAAUGGAGUGUGGGGCACUGUGUGCGAUGAUGACUUCAACAUGAUUUCUGCAACUGUGGCAUGUCGGGAGCUGGGCUUUGAGGUAGCCGUGAACUGGGCCCAUAGUGCCAAGUAUGGUCCAGGAGAAGGCCCCAUCUGGCUGGAUAACAUGCGCUGCUCUGGCACUGAAAGCUCCGUGGCUGAAUGUGAAUCCAAUGGCUGGGGCGUGAAUGACUGCACCCACAAUGAAGACAGUGGUGUGGUGUGCGCAGGCCUACAACGACACCACCUUUCUGCCCAAGGACUUGUUCCACACAUCCAGCACCAGGGCUGGAAAGUGGAAGAAGUACGGAUCAAACCAAUAUUGGCCCGAGCCAAGCUAAGUUCUCCCAUCACAGAAGGUGCUGUGGAGGUAAAACUUCACGGGCGCUGGCGGCAAGUCUGUGAUGCUGGCUGGACUCGCAACAACACCCGAGUGAUCUGUGGGAUGCUGGGCUUCCCUCGCGAUGGACGGGUUGCCACAGGAUUCUACAGGAAACUAUGGACCCAGAAGCUGAAGGAUCCAAGCUCCAGCUUAAGAAGUCUAAGUGAAAAGAACACAUUCUGGAUCCACCGGAUCAACUGCCAGGGUACUGAAGCCCAUCUUGGCAAAUGCAAGCUGCACGUGGGGCCAAAGAUUCGACAUCAACCUGCCUGCCCCCGCGGCAUGCAUGCCCUGAUCAGCUGUAUUCCCGGCCCUGCAUUCCAGUCUAACACAGCCAGAAUGCCUGACCCAGUUCAGCCCCCAAAGCAACCCCAGGUGCGUCUCCGUGCAGGUGCACAAGUAGGUGAAGGGCGUGUGGAAGUGUUGCUGAAUGGCCAGUGGGGCACAGUCUGUGACGAUGGCUGGGACCUGACUGCUGCCAGUGUGGUGUGUCGACAGCUGGGAUAUGGGACAGCACAGGAAGCUCUUUCUGGGGCCCAGCUGGGUCAAGGUCUGGGUCCCAUUCACUUGACUAGAGUGAAGUGUAGGGGCUACGAGCGUUCUCUGGCAGAGUGCAGCUACCAAGAAGCAAUCCAGAGUGGGUGCCGGCAUGAAGCUGAUGCUGCUGUCCGCUGUAACGUACCCCAAACAGAUGCCCGUCAGAAGAUACGUCUGGCUGGUGGCCGCAGUCCAGAAGAAGGAGUAGUGGAAAUCUUAGUUCCCAGGGGAAGGACCUCACGCUGGGGCACAGUGUGUGGGGAACACUGGGGACUUAAGGAGGCCAUGGUUGUGUGCCGUCAAAUGGGGCUUGGCUUUGCUAGUCAUGCUCUUCAGGAGACGUGGUACUGGCAGGGUAAUUCUGAUGCUUCUGAAGUGGUGCUGAGUGGUGUGCGCUGUAAAGGCACUGAACUCUCCAUCCUACAGUGCCAGCAUCAUGGGCCUGUGCAUUGCCCAACUGGAGGGGGGCGCUUUGCUGCAGGAGUCACCUGCACUAGCAGUGCCCCAGAUCUGAUCAUGAAUGCCCAAUUGGUACAGGAGACAGCUUAUCUAGAGGACCGUCCAUUGGACAUGCUGUACUGCGCUCAUGAGGAAGGCUGCCUUUCUGCCUCCGCGGACCACAUGCAGUGGCCCUAUGGCCAUCGGCGCCUGCUGCGCUUCUCCUCACAGAUCCACAACCUAGGCCGGGCUGACUUCCUGCCAAAAACUGGUCGCCAUGCAUGGAUCUGGCACCAAUGCCACAGACACUACCACAGUAUUGAGGUUUUCACCCACUAUGACCUGUUGACGCUCAAUGGCUCCAAGGUGGCUGAGGGGCACAAGGCCAGCUUCUGUCUAGAGGACACCAACUGCCCAGAUGGACUGCAUCGGCGUUUUGCCUGUGCUAACUUUGGAGAACAGGGCGUCAGUGCAGGCUGCUGGGACACAUACAGGCAUGACAUUGACUGCCAGUGGGUGGACAUCACUGAUGUGGCCCCUGGAAGUUACAUAUUCCAGGUGGUUGUGAAUCCCAAGCAUGAGGUAGCAGAAUCAGACUUCUCCAACAAUGUUCUUCGCUGCCAGUGUCAGUAUGACGGAAACCGCAUAUGGCUGCAUAGGUGUCAUACAGGUGAUGCAUAUGGUGCCAACAUAGAAUGGGAUGAAGAAGCACAGCAGAGACUGACCAGUAACCUUGUGUAAGGCAAAGGCUCCCCCAAGGAUUUAGGGUCCUUGCAGGACCUUGGGGCCAGACUUACUUACAGCUUGGAGCAGCCCAGCAAGGGAAACAGCUGACACUGUCUGGCAGGAGAACUACAGAAGGCUGAAAAGUUAGCUGUAUGCCUCCCUUUAUCACCAUCCCACCUUCUGGUUUGAGGCUGAUGCUCGGCAACAACACCCAAAGUCAAACGUCCUUGCUGUGCCUGUUGCCUCUUUGUCUGCUUAUUGAAGCCCACCCUGAUCUGUUUUUUUUUUUUAAUGUAUUGAGCUUAGCAGCCAUGGACAGAUAUGAAGCUGUAAUGGGGGGAGGGGCUACAGUAUUUCACAAGGCCCAGGGCAAGGGAGUAGCAUGACUAUGAAGAGGUACCAUCCUCUUGCUUCUCUGCAGAAGGGGUGUAUCAUAGCAGCCCAUCCCAGAAAAACUACCUCAAUCUGCCCUUCACGCUGGAGGACUGGAUCUCAGGACCAUGGUUCAACUUGACCCCCUUUUACCCCACCCACUUAGCAUCCCUCAUGCUGUAAGGCUAAGAUCCUAUACAUUGGCACAGAAAAUCUACCUCCCUAUUAUAAGCGUAGAUAUCUGUGAAGCCCAGAAAUCGCCCUUAUGUUUGGUCAUCAUCCAAGGCAAAGGAUACAGAGAAGUCACCCACAUCGCAGGAACAGUUUGCUUGUCUCAGGCUUAUAGAAAUAUUAAAGGAGUGGGGGGAAAGGGUCUAAUAUCUGUGGAGCUAUUUGAACUGUAAUUAAUUGUCGGAACCCCCACACAGAGGGUCCGUUAUUCACCUCAGGGAGGGGGUCACAGUCACCCUUCAACAGAAACAACAAAAUAUGUUCUCCCCUUCCACAUUUCAUUGAGCUGUCAAUAAAGGCUUUUUGAACCAAA